AUGAUCUAAGAGUGAUUUAUAGCCGGACGACUUGAAACAACCCUUUUCAAUUUAUUACAUUUUCAAGGUCUUCGAGCAAGCAGUCGUCUACAUCCUUAGCUAUCCUUGAAAGAUUCAACGCAACGCUCGACACCUCCACCAUAUCAUGGCAACCCAACCAACUCAAACAGGAAUCUUUACUCUCCCCUACACUGACGAAGUACUGAGAAACUUCUCAGGCAGCACCGUAAAUGCGACAGACGCGAGGGAAAAUUUAAACGCACUCAUGACCGCGUUAAUUCUUCAGUCCGUCAUAAUUAUUGUCGUUUUUGGCAACGCCUUAGUUCUUGCAGCCUUGGCAUCCUACCGCUCUUGGACAUCUGCAGAUAUUUUGCUCUUCUCUCUUUCCUUAGCAGAUUUCUUGGACUCUGCUUUAGCCGUCGAGCUCAUAACAGUCGUAAGGUAUUUUUUAGGACAACAGAUGGCUAAACCUAUGUGCGAUGCGUUCGUAACUUUGGUCUACACUUUUCGCAUGGCUUCGUCGUUUACGGUGACUUGUAUUGCAGUCGAACGCUCUCUUUUGUUAAAGUUUCCACUAAGACAUCAUACACUUGUGACGCCCGCACGAAUUAAAAAGUUCGUUGCAGCCAUCUGGCUUUUCUCAAUCUUUUCAGCUUUUCUACCGCUUAUUGGUGCUGGAAACUCUGGGUUUAAGAACGGGGUGUGCUUUUCACAACUCUACGACCUGGGCAAAGCGUACGCCAUUUAUAUAGAGACUUACGGUGCAAUCAUGUUUCUAACGGUGUUUGCAUCGUAUUUCACGAUCAAGGUCUCGGGGAUCAAGUUUAUUCGAAGACAGACAUUAAUGAGAGGGCACGGAGGAGCGAGGAGCCAAUCAAGCGUGUACAGUUGCCGAGGAAGCGUGCACAGUCCGGGAAAAACAAGCGGCGUGCGGAGCGUGCGUAAGCUAGCCGUUAUGAUGGGGAUAGUCGUGAUUAUUUACUACAUCAGCUGGCUGCCGUUCCUGGUAAGUUACACCUCGGAGAAUUCUCUGUACAUACCCUAAGGAAAAAGGUCUAUGGCUGAAUGACUGCCACGACGCUAGAGACUCUUCUUUAUUCAAAACUCCAGCUGCACGGCUUUCUGGAGUCCCCGCCUUCAAAUAACCCUGGGGGACGACACAUUAUCCCUCUGAGGCUUUGGUGCAUAAACCCAACGAAAAAGUAUUUGUGCUGUAAUUACUCCCACCAUGAUAGAAAAUCUCCGUUACUUAUCCACCAGCAUACUGGAAGUCCCUAACAUUAAAUCAAACAGGGGGACAACAGGUUUCGCUAGCCAAGAGGGGAAGGGUCGUCUGUACACAGGUUACGGUUUUCCCUCUUAAGGCAAAACGAAAAAACCCGGGCAAUUUACCCAGUUUUGUAGUAAACAAACCCUUCAACCUAGGUAUGGAUUCCUGAUAGUUAAAAUAAUUGACAUAUGCUUUUAAAUGUAAACAUGAAUAAGCUUUUAGGCUGAAAUGACAUGUUAACUAAAUUAAACGAACAUACCGCAGCUGUAGAGAACUGUCAAGGAACCUUCCUAAAAACAUAAACAAAAGAUAGAUUAUUCCCUAAAAUUUAUUGCCUCAAUUCUAAUCAAUGGAUAAUAUAUAAAUUAUAAAAGAAACAUUUUUCGAAGUAAAUUUUUGAACUGUUGACCAUUAACAUUUAAAUACGGCACGAGAGGGUGAGCAAAGCUACGUUCCCAUACAAACUACAUCCCAAGUACGCUUGUCCAUAAGUAUCCAUCUUCAGUUUCAUUUAAGAAGGGAUUAUUCCCGAAACGUCUGUAAUUCAUCAUGCGAUCACGCUCUGUAGAAGCACAAUUUUUUACCCAUGACAUUAUUUAAUUUGACUGCUUUGCAGCAAACAGUUUUCUUCUACGAUUCCUCUUUAGCUCGAUAACUGGAAAACGUUAUAGCACUGACUAACAAAAACGCGCCAAUGAAAUUGAUUAAAGAGUCUUUUUAGCCAAUAAUAUUACGGCUUAACCAUCAGACGACCAAUAACAUCGCGACCUAAUUGACCAAUCACGUCAAUAACCAGAGUUAAAUACCAUUAACUGACGUGAUUCAACUCCCUUUGACUCCGAAGAUGACCAACGUACUGGCGUCUGCAGCCACACUGUCACCGUCAGCAACAGUCCUAUUCCAGCCUCCUCCUCAGGCGCUUCGUUUUUCGCAGGGUAGAGGCGAGGGACUGGUGAGGAACAGCAAGGGACCAUGGGAAGGGUACAGACGGCUGUCUCCUUUCCGCCUUCCUUUGCGCGCACAUUUUCAUCGAAAGAGACGUCUGGGUAAGAGGCAGGUCCUAUUCAGCACUACGAUCACCCGGGCGAUAAUGCUUCACUUACUUAUGAAAUGACUCCUAGGUUCAAACUUUUCACACAAAAAAAUGUGUUUCACCGUUUAAAAUGACUAGCUUAUUUACUAUUUACCUCUCUUUUAUUUUCAGUUGAACAACUUGUUUUGCUUGAUAAUUGAUCAACAGCCAUCACCGAAGAUAGUUUUGUUGACAACCCUCUUUUCUUUCCUUCACGCCCUCGCUAAUCCACUGCUGUACGGUUGGAUGAGCCAGCGAUACAGGCGAGGUUACAUUUUCGUGUUCAAAAUGGUGCUGAGUGCGUGUGGAGGGCACCGCCCAGACAGGAGAACACUUGGUGAGUUUGACACGAAUUAGAUGUCAGUUUUAUGCAAAUAUAAAUUACUGUCACGCAAAAAAAAAGAUCUUUAGUUAAGUGUAUCUAGCCGUUGAAUUAAUGCCUUCUUCAAAACCAAAGAACUAUGAGACGCAGAAUUAGCAAAAUAAUAUUGCCUAUCCGUGUUUGUCUCAGACUAACGCCCCUAUUCUAAAGUCAUGGAAGUCUGAAGUUCUAACUCAACGGGUAUGAGGUCUGUCACUGAGCAUGCUCGAAAAAGGGUCUUUGAAGAACAGGGACCUCAAAAUGUGUCCCACAAGACAAUCAUUGUUGAUUAUAUGCGCACACUUUCUAGGCAUGUCUUGUCGCUUUAGCACUGGGCCGAAUCUCACCCGACAGCCAUCGGCAACGGAUAUCACUGUAUACAACAGCAGACCGUCCUUACAGCUUGUGGACCACCACCCAGCUACAACUAAUGGGGAAAAAGAAGGUAAAUGCGGUCGACCAGAGGAGAUGGUAAUCCUAAUCUUAAAUGCAUGUAGCCAGUAUUUGCUUGGACUUCCGCUAAGAAUGAGUGGAAAGCAUAGAACGCAAUCUGAUCACGCGCGUUUGGAACUUCUAUCACGUGAAACUUAUGCAACAAAAAGCGCUGGAGCAAGUGCGUUUUAACCUUCGAUCGAUCUCACCCACACUCCCUAGCCUUUAAUUUGCGCAUAAACUACGCAGGAGUAAUAACGGUUCACUCGUGACAGUCAAAAUGGACUUGAAUGUGAGCAAGCCAUAGGUCAUGAUCUCUGACCAAAAAUGAGACAAGCCACACCAGGAAAUACUUCUGCGCCUGCGCAGGCUAUAAUCAUUUUUUGAGAGCUUGUUUUGACCUACUUUUUCCCGAAAUAACACUUCAAAUUUGAAAUUGUGGAGCUCGCGUUUUCAAGCGUUAGAUUACAUUUCCCCCUAACGUUCCUUAAUAAAAGUCACGUUAAACAGUUUUCACGUACUUUUUUAACUGCCACAGUAACUUUUAGGAAGGCUAGGCUACUUUGAGUGAAGUUCUUUUACUACAACCAGUUCAACGCUUUAUUCGCGUCUUUGAGUGUGGUAGGUUUCAUUUCCGUGAUAUGUUUUGUUUCACCGACGCGCUGGGCACUUCACAUGCGAAAAAUACGGUUAACAAUGCUUUGGAAAUCUUCGGGGAUUUUCGGAAUGGCCGCUCGUAAAACCUUCAGACAGCAUUCCAACAGCAUUGGAAUCUUGGAAUGUAUUCGUAAAAUCUUGAAAAAUUCUGACGACAACAAAAUAACUAUGCCAAACUCGAUUCUCUUUACCAACAGAUAAUAUAUAUCUGAUAGAAAAAGCGCUUCAACAUAAGAUGGAAAUUUCUCGAAGCUUUGCUUUACUGUUUUCUUUUAUCAUUUUUUAUAGACCACAGUUUGAAUAACAACGUCGUUCCAAGUGAGCCUGGGAAGAACAAGGAAAAGGGUGAUAUUCCAAGAAACAAUAACGAGGAACCAUGUUCCCAUGGCAACCAGGAGGCUACCACUGUUGAGGUUGAAAACAAUGUGGGCGUCAACAAUGCAAGCCUCGUUUCUGCGGAGGUGAUCCAGUUAUUAGACGCUCUCUUAAACAGAAUAGAAAUGAAGACGAAUGCACAAGUCGAAUUCGCCGAGUUAUGAAGGCUUUCCUAAGGAGCUUGAAUAUAUUCUUUAACAUUUUUUUUGAGUUUUUGUUUUUGUUUGUUUGUUUACUUUUUU